CGGCCCGCCUCUCUGGCCGUCCUAACAAAGCUGGGCAGCGCCCUCACACCCGCCACCACCACGGGAGGGGCCAGAGCUGGAGGAGGGAAGGCACAGCUUGGAGAUGGUGUCACCCCUGGAUCCUGCCCAUCCUGGGAGACUCUGGGCGGCCAGCUGCUGUUCCUGACCUCGCCAAGAAAUCACUGUAUUUUCGACUCAGCGGCCCAUGACGCUCAUUCCUGCUGCUGUGUGUUGAGUGACCAAUCCGAUGGGUGGAGUGUGUUACAGGAACUGGCAGCAAGUGUCCAAUGGGUGAGGAAGAAGCCGACCGUGGAAGUGGUCAGCCCUGACGGGAUGCUCUCAGCCAGCAGAGACAUUCCACUCCAAGACAGGUCUGCCUGACGUCUGGGAGGCCACCACCGGACGGGCCGCCACACGGUUGGCGGAAGGGGUGACAGCCGCAUUCUCCUGUGCCUACCACGGAACCAAAAAUGAAGGAGAACUACUGUUUACAAGCCGCCCUGGUGUGCCUGGGCAUGCUGUACUGCAGCCAGGCCUUCACCACGGAGCGGCGGGGCCACCUGCGACCCUCGUUCCACGGACACCACGAGAAGGGCAAGGAAGGGCAGGUGCUGCAGCGCUCCAAGAGAGGCUGGGUCUGGAACCAGUUCUUCGUGAUCGAGGAGUACACGGGGCCUGACCCUGUGCUGGUGGGCAGGCUUCAUUCCGAUAUUGACUCUGGAGAUGGGAACAUUAAAUACAUUCUCUCAGGUGAAGGAGCCGGAACCAUUUUUGUGAUUGAUGAUAAAUCAGGGAACAUUCAUGCCACCAAGACAUUGGACCGAGAGGAGAGAGCCCAGUAUACACUGAUGGCUCAAGCUGUGGACAGGGGCACCAAUCGGCCACUGGAGCCACCAUCGGAAUUCAUCGUCAAGGUCCAGGACAUUAACGACAACCCCCCUGAGUUCUUGCAUGAGACCUAUCAUGCCAACGUGCCAGAACGGUCCAAUGUGGGGACGUCCGUGAUCCAGGUGACAGCUUCAGAUGCAGAUGACCCCACCUAUGGAAACAGUGCCAAGCUCGUGUACAGCAUCCUGGAAGGACAGCCCUACUUCUCUGUGGAAGCACAGACAGGUAUCAUCAGAACAGCCCUUCCCAACAUGGACAGGGAAGCCAAGGAGGAGUACCACGUGGUGAUCCAGGCCAAGGACAUGGGAGGGCACAUGGGUGGACUCUCAGGGACAACCAAAGUGACGAUCACACUGACCGAUGUCAAUGACAAUCCACCAAAGUUUCCACAGAGCGUAUACCAGAUGUCUGUGUCAGAAGCAGCUGUCCCUGGGGAGGAAGUAGGAAGAGUGAAGGCUAAAGACCCAGACAUUGGAGAAAACGGUCUAGUCACCUACAAUAUUGUUGAUGGAGAUGGUAUGGAGCUCUUUGAAAUCACAACGGACUAUGAAACACAGGAGGGCGUGGUGAAGCUGAAAAAGCCCGUAGAUUUUGAAACCAAAAGAGCAUACAGCUUGAAGGUGGAAGCAGCCAAUGUACACAUCGACCCGAAGUUCAUCAGCAAUGGUCCUUUCAAGGACACGGUGACGGUCAAGAUCGCAGUAGAAGAUGCUGACGAGCCCCCCAUGUUCUUGGCCCCAAGUUAUAUCCAUGAAGUGCAAGAAAAUGCAGCUGCUGGCACUGUAGUUGGAAGAGUACAUGCCAAAGACCCUGACGCUGCCAACAGCCCGAUAAGGUAUUCGAUCGAUCGUCACACUGACCUCGACAGAUUUUUCACUAUUAAUCCAGAGGAUGGUUUUAUUAAAACUACAAAACCUUUGGAUAGAGAAGAAACUGCCUGGCUCAACAUAUCAGUUUUUGCAGCAGAAAUUCACAACAGGCAUCAGGAAGCCAAAGUCCCAGUGGCCAUCCGGGUCCUUGAUGUCAACGACAAUGCUCCCAAGUUUGCUGCCCCUUAUGAAGGUUUCAUCUGUGAGAGCGAUCAGACCAAGCCACUUUCCAAUCAGCCAAUUGUUACAAUUAGUGCAGAUGACAAGGAUGACACAGCCAAUGGACCAAGAUUUAUCUUCAGUCUACCCCCUGAAAUCAUUCACAAUCCAAAUUUCACAGUCAGAGACAACAGAGAUAACACCGCAGGGGUGUAUGCCCGGCGCGGAGGGUUCAGUCGGCAGAAGCAGGAUCUCUACCUCCUGCCCAUCGUGAUCAGCGACGGUGGCAUCCCGCCCAUGAGUAGCACCAAUACCCUCACCAUCAAGGUGUGUGGGUGCGACGUGAACGGGGCGCUGCUCUCCUGCAACGCGGAGGCCUACAUCCUGAACGCCGGCUUGAGCACAGGGGCGCUGAUCGCCAUCCUCGCCUGCAUCGUGAUUCUCCUAGUCAUCGUAGUGUUGUUCGUGACACUGAGAAGGCAAAAGAAAGAACCACUCAUUGUCUUUGAGGAAGAGGAUGUGCGCGAGAACAUCAUUACCUAUGAUGAUGAAGGGGGCGGGGAAGAAGACACGGAAGCCUUCGAUAUCGCCACCCUCCAGAAUCCCGAUGGCAUUAAUGGAUUUAUCCCUCGCAAAGACAUAAAACCCGAGUACCAGUACAUGCCCAGGCCUGGGCUGCGGCCAGCACCCAACAGCGUGGAUGUGGAUGACUUCAUCAACACGAGAAUACAGGAGGCGGAUAACGACCCGACGGCCCCUCCUUAUGACUCCAUCCAAAUCUAUGGGUACGAGGGCAGAGGUUCCCUGGCAGGGUCUCUGAGCUCCUUAGAGUCGGCCACCACAGAUUCAGACUUGGAUUAUGACUACCUACAGAACUGGGGGCCUCGUUUUAAGAAACUAGCAGACUUGUACGGUUCCAAAGACACUUUUGAUGAGGACUCUUAACAAUAAUGAUACAAAUUUGGCCUUAAGAACUGUGUCUGGCGUUCCGAAGAAUCUAGAAGAUAUGUAAACAGGUAUUUUUUUAAGUCAAGGAAAGGCUCAUUUAAAACAAGCAAAGUUUUACAGAGAGGAUGCAUUUAUGAAAACUGCAAGGACUUCAAAGUGGCAAAUACUGUGAAGUACCUUUUCUUACAAAAAAGGCAAAGGGCGAAGUUGUUUGUCAACUUCGCUAGAGAAAAACCACUUGGCAUACAAAAUAUUUAAGUGAAGGAGAAGGCUAAUGGUGAACUUACAAUGAAGGGAAAUCGUUUCUGUGUUACGAACAUCUAAGUCUUUUCUUUUUCUUCUUUUUUUUUUUUAAUUUGUCAAAGAAGCUUCCACGAAAUUAGAGAGGACAACAGUUCUGAGCUGUAAUUUCGCCUUAAACUAUGGACACUGUAUGUAGUGCAUUUUUAAACUUGAAAUAUAUAAUAUUCAGCCAGCUUAAACCCAUCCAAUGUCUGUACAAUACAAUGUACAAUUAUGUCUCUUGAACAUCAACCUUGUUACUGCUGAUUCUUGUAAAUCUUUUUGCUUCUACUUUCAUCUUAAACUAAUACGUGCCAGAUAUAACUGUCUUGUUUCAGUGAGAGGCGCCCCUAUUUCUAUGUCAUUUUUAAUGUAUCUAUUUGUACAAUUUUAAAGUUCUUAUUUUAGUAUACAUACAAAUAUCAGUAUUCUGACAUGUAAGAAAUGUUACGGCAUCACACUUAUAUUUUAUGAACAUUGUACUGUUGCUUUAAUAUGAGCUUCAAUAUAAGAAGCAACCUUUGAAAUAAAAAAAAGAUUCUUUUUUAAUUCUGGGCUUGAGUCUUAACAUUGAAAAAAAUAAGUAUUUCUAAUGACCCAUUUAUAUUUCUAAUUUAAGAUACUUGUGAUCUUUUCAUAACCCUAUUUAUGAUCUGUGGUUGUCUGCUGCUUUUACUGUUUAUUUAAAAUCAAAUAUGUUUUACAAAUGUUUUUUCAGAUAAGAUUCUGUAACAUCAUGUAAAGCUUUUUUGUACAUUCUCAAUAGCUUCACUUUCACACGCAUCUGAAAAAGGAUGUUAAAGAUCUGGGUCAGCCUAUGAUUUGGCAAUACUUGUUAUAUAAUAUGCAUUUAUCUUGUAUAUCAAUAACUUGAUGGUAAUGAGAGACAAAUCCAGGAGAGAAAAAAAACUAUCAGAAGCCUAAAGUUCAAGAUGUUGAUUUUGUGCCUCAUACCCAGCAUUUUGGGAACUGAGGGAGAGAAUAGUCAAAAAUAUAAAUUUGUCACAUAUGGCCAUCAGAAAUCCAAUGUUAUUCUAUUUUCCCUUAUGACUAUGAUGGUUGAAACUGCGUAUUUGUUCCUUUUAAUUUUUACUCCUCUAGAAAUAAUUGGCAUUUUAAAUUUGAUAACAGACAGAGCAAUUCAUUUUUAAAUCUUUGUUUUAAAAUACCCUUUGGGCCAUAAGCGCAGAAUGAGAGCAGGGACCGGGCAGAAUCUGAAGGUCAAUGCCAUUUGAUCUGUGAGUCUGCCAAACCCCUCCUACAGCCCCAUCUCGCUGCCUGGGGAUCGGGACUUCUGUGAAAGUCAUAUCACUUGUUCACUUGGGCCAAAGGUCAAAGCAUAGCAAUACUCGGGGAAAGAGCACCCGAAACCAUGCUGCAAGUGUUUCCUCUUUCCCCCCCACCCAGACACAGGGCACCACUUUCUCUUGGGUUAUAGACAAUUGUUAGGUUAUCUUUUCUUUUUACUUUAUUGUGCAAGUUUGUUUCAAGCAUUUCUUGAUACCCUGCUAUCUACUAUUUUUAUGACUCCGUCAAAGUGCAUACAAAGAGAAAUGUUUUUAUGAAGUGCUCACUUCCAUUUUACUUUGCAUUUAAAUCAAAUUGUCUGAACACUUCAAUGGAAUAAAUUUUGUGGACAAUGUCACUUUGGAAUCUUUCAUUUCAGUGAAGGAUUGCACAUUCUCAGUACUUCCAUAAUUGCAGGUUUUGUUCAUUUUUUAUAUAGUUUUUGUAAUCCAAAGAAUAUUUUGCUAGAUUUGCACAGAUCUCCAAUUGAAUUUGAAAUGAAGAAAUAACUCAAAAAGAACAUGAAUAGCACUUAAACAAGCAUACAGCUGUGAGUAACCCUGUCACCAUGGAUGAUCCUUUUUUUCUAGGAAUAUAUUUGGAUUAGAUUUGACAACUACAUUUUCACAUUUUUAUGUU